ACGAACAGCGAAGAGGAGAGGGGGGCUAGUCCAAAAACAGGGCUGUUGUGUGAUCGCUGACUCGACAUGUCACGACAUUAGCGCUAAGUGUGGCUCGGAAACAACCGUGUUUACCCCCCUCCCGCCACAUACGUACACACACACACACACGGAGCGGCGGUAGUUACGCAGCCACGCCCCGUACGCCGCGACUUGCGUGCCCCCUCCCUCCAAAUACAACUGCUGGCGGCGACGAAGCGAGGCUGCUCUCUCGGGGAACCAUGAGGGAGUACAAAGUGGUGGUCCUCGGCUCCGGCGGCGUCGGCAAAUCCGCGCUGACCGUUCAGUUCGUGACAGGGUCCUUCAUCGAAAAGUACGACCCCACGAUAGAGGAUUUUUACCGGAAGGAGAUCGAGGUGGACUCGUCGCCGUCCGUGCUGGAGAUCCUGGACACCGCCGGCACUGAGCAGUUCGCCUCCAUGCGGGACUUGUACAUCAAAAACGGCCAGGGCUUCAUUCUGGUCUACAGCCUGGUCAACCAGCAGAGCUUCCAGGACAUCAAGCCUAUGCGGGACCAGAUCAUUCGGGUGAAACGGUACGAGAGGGUGCCCAUGAUCUUGGUGGGCAACAAAGUAGACCUGGAGGGCGAACGGGAAGUGUCGUCCGGCGAGGGCAAGGCGCUGGCGGACGAAUGGAACUGUCCCUUCAUGGAGACCUCGGCCAAGAACAAGACUUCGGUGGACGACCUGUUCGCCGAGAUAGUCCGCCAGAUGAACUUUGCGUCCACGCCGAGUGGCGACGAUCAGUGUUGUUCGUCUUGUGUCAUUCUGUAAAGGAAACAUCGGCUCCUUGCUCGCUUUUAUUUUUUGCCAUGUGUGUUGCAGCAAGUGUGUCUUGUUGGCGUCUCAGCCUGGCCUCGGAGGAAAAAUGAAGAGGAGUGCUGCAGGGAAACAAGAGGAGGAGGAGGAGGAAGAGGGGAGCAACUGAGGCAGAGGGGAGGGGUCCGUCCACUCUUCAGGAAUUCUGCUGGGUCGGAGAAUCUUUGCGGUGCGGUCCGUGCCCACAGUUGAGGUUGGAUCGCACUGGUCCCAGCCCACCAAGGAACUCAUAUUUCUCCUUCAAGGAAAUGGCGCGGUGAACAUUCAAAGGAGAUUAAGACUCUAAAGUAUAUUUUGUUCAUAACCAUACUCAAUCCUUGGACGGGUACAAACUUAGAGGUUCUUUUAAGGUUUUGUUUUUGCUCCAAAGUCUAACAAGUUGGUGGUGGAAUAACGCAACUACUGUCUUUUUCUCUGGGUUACAAGGAGAUUUGACGUGAGGACCACCGCCUCGUGUCCAGUGCCUUUUUUUGUUUUCUUGUUUUUUUGUUUUUUUGUUUUGGUCACCCUCAUUCAACACACUUCAACUGUUCCUGUUUAGUGCCAACACACCCCAAGGUGGCUUCAGAGGUGUUCUGUCCAAGGAAUGGUGCUCUUCUCUACGUUUGGGUCUUUUCAUUGAUUUUGUUUUUGGUCCCUCCCGUAAGAUGACGGCGUUUAGCGUUGCAGCCAGUGUUGAAACGCACAGGUACUGGAAUCAUUACGACAAUGCCACCAAACCACUUGCGGACCUCUUCAAUCAAUGUUUGACUUUGUCGGACAAGUGAUGAUGAUGAUGUACAUGUGUGGACCAAUCUAAUCCUGAUUGUAAUUUCAAUUUUGGACCAGCCUUUUAACGUUGAGCGGUCUGUUUAAAAAAAAAAAAUCUUUUAAUACAGAUGGCAUUUUUUUAAAAAACAAAA